AUGGAGGAUCGAAACAACUGUGUGACAGUACAACAAUGGCAGCCGGAAUACAAUGAUUUGAAUCAGAUUCGAGCAAUUUUCUCCCUAUUGUAUCUUCUUAUUUGGGUCGCUGCCAUCGUCGGAAACACACUUGUUCUCUAUGUACUCACAUUCAAUCAGGUAUCACUAUCAGUCAGAACUGUUUUCGUUGGAUGUCUUGCUGGAUCCGAUCUCCUAAUGUGUCUCUUCUCUCUUCCGAUCACCGCGAUUUCGAUAUUCUCCAGAGUUUGGGUGUUUCCAGCCAUAUUUUGUAAAUUGAUUGGAGUAUUCCAGGGAGGAACCAUCUUUGUGUCAUCAUUCACUCUCACAGUCAUUGCAUUGGAUAGAUGUGUUCUGAUACUUCGGCCGAAUGAAGAGAUAGUAAACUUCCCUCGUGCCGUAUUCAUUGUCUUCUGUAUUUGGCUUCUCGGUUACUCAUUGGCUCUUCCAGUUGGAAUCUACAGCGAUAUUGCAGUCUACGACGGCAUUUGUGGCACAUUCUGCGAAGAAAAUUGGCCUGACUUCAAUCCAGACACUGGACGAUCUGGAAUUCGGAGGGCUUAUGGCCUAUCGGUAUUGGUACUUCAAUUCGGAAUUCCAGCAUUAAUAAGUUCAAUUUGUUAUUGGAUGAUCAGUCAAGUGAUGUCAGAUCAAUUAGAGAGAAGAAGAGGACACAAUAUUCGACCAGAAUCUGAAGAAAAACUUGUCAAUCGAAAGACUCGAGCGAAUCGAAUGAUGAUUGUGAUGGUCGUCGGAUUCGUUCUAGCUUGGAUGCCAUUCAAUGCUGUUAACCUAUAUCGUGAUCUUUUCGGAAUUUCUACCACUAAAUGGUAUUCGAGUGUUUUUGCCCUCUGUCACGUGUGUGCAAUGUGUUCUGCCGUACUCAAUCCAAUCAUUUAUUCAUGGUUCAAUCCACAAUUCCGUACAAGUAUUACUACACUUUUCAAAGGAAACAACGAAUCGAGACUGAUCAAAAAGAAGCCACAAGAGAAAUCAUCGAGUAAAAUGGUUGCGUAUCCAACUAACUUUUCAGAGGCGAGAAGGGACACGGAGAUUCAAUCAAAUAAAACUAAAAUCACACUUGCUGAAAAUGAAUAUCGAGAUGGCGACCAACUUUUGUAA